AUGAGCAAGGAUAUCAUUGAGGAACGUUCCCUGGAUGAAGAUCAUCCGCGCCACAUCCAUUUCUACCACGAAUAUGGGAGCCACCAUAUCAUUUCUCACGCGGAUGAAAGUAUAAUCCAUAUCAAUACUAGUCAGAGACCAAACUGUGUGGUUUCUGAGAUGCGUCAACUAUCAACACUCGUAGAUAGCGAGCAGAGUAGACACAAAAUGCCAGUGAGCUAUAUGAACGACAUGAAAGGUACAGACGAUCUGCGUGCAGGUGCGACAGUCAUCGAUCUGCUGAGGAAACAUUGGUGGGACUUGGAUGAAGUUGGGAACCAAUGA